CUAAUAUCCCUCGCCUCCCGCUAUAUAUGAACAGCCUGCGCAGCUAUUGCCUCCUCCCAUCCUGAAGAGGAGAGACUGAUAGAGAGUGAGAGCCCGAGGGAGGGAGAGAGAGCAGAGGAGAAAAGCGCAAUGGGUGAGGAGAAGAAGAAGAAGGGAGACGGGGAGAAGAAGGGAGACGAUGAGAAGAAGGAAAAGGGAGGAGGAGGGGAGAAGAAGAAGGAGGAGGGACCGACGCCUGUGGAGGUGAAGCUCGACAUGCACUGCGAGGGCUGCGCCCUCAAGGUCCGCAAGCUCGUCAAGGGCCUCGAAGGGGUGGAAGGGGUCAGCGUGGACGCGGCGCACAACAAGCUGAAGGUGGUGGGCAAGGUGGACCCAUGGAAGCUGAAGGAGUUUCUGGAGGUCAAGACCAAGAAGAAGGUCGACUUCAUCUCCCCCAAGGACCCUCCCAAGAAGGCCAAGGACGACGGCGGCGACGCCAAGAAGAACAAGGACGCCGACGACAAAGGCAAAGACGCCAAGAAAUCCUCCGACGACAAGAAGCCCAAACCAGUGAGCAAUCCAUCCAUCCAUCACCUCAACAUUAAGUUCGAUCAAACUUUUCUUGCAUUAACUUCGAAGAUCCAUCAGCCUGCGGUCUCCACGGUCGUUCUGAAGAUCCGCCUCCACUGCGACGGCUGCAUUCAAAGAAUCAAGCGACGAAUCCACAAAAUUAAAGGUGUGGAGGAGGUGACGGUGGACGCCGCGAAGGAUCUGGUCAUGGUCAAGGGCACCAUGGACGUGAAGAACCUGGCGGCCAUGCUCAAGGACAAGCUGAGGCGCGCCGUCGAGAUCGUACCGCCCAAGAAGGACGACGGCGGCGGCGAGAAGAAAGAGAAGGAGAAGGGCGGCGACGGAGGAGGCGAGAAGAAGGAAAAGGGCGGCGAAACCGGAGGAGAGAAGAAGGAGAAGGCCGGCGGAGGUGGGGAAGAGAAGAAAGAUGACGGAAAGGCGGCGGCGGCGGCGACGGCGACGGCGACGACGACGACGACGGAAGCGAACAAGAUGGAAUACUACGCGCCGUAUCCCGCUUACUCGGGGUAUGGUUACCGCAUCGAGAUGGUCCACGCGCCGCAGAUGUUUAGCGACGAGAACCCCAAUGCCUGCUCCAUCAUGUGACGGUCAUCUCACCGCGUCCUCUUGUAGCGGCCGUAGUUGCAGCUCAGCUUUAGUGUGUGUAAACGAGCUAAAUGUAAAUAAGCAAGAAAAAAAAAUAGGGUUAAAAGCUAAUUUUGUUGGUGUUUUAAUUUUAAUUUGUGUGUUGGUGUUGGUGUUGGUGUCCUAUGUUGUUGUUCUCUUGAUAUUAUUUUAAUUAGGUGACUUAUAUUUUCAUA